AGUUGAUGCCUCACCUGUCUGUAGUCCUGGAGGUGGUUUCACACCUGUACGGUCAGCUCCUUGCGCAGUUUUGUUUCCAGGAACAGCCCCCACCUGUGCGAGGUUUUAUAUCGGCUAUGGACUGAGAGUGGACAACAGCUGUGUGUGUGUCUGUGAGGACAAAGAGGACCGACGUUGCGGCGGAAUUCAAAACUUUCUGUGCGCCCUCAGAUUCUCUCCCAGACAGGCUUCGAGUGAGAUUUACACAAGCAAGGCUGGAUAGUGACACAUAGCUCCAGCACUAACGCGCGUCUUCGUGCAAUGUCGAAGAGUGGCACAUGGCCAGGCAACGUUGCCAUGGAGUCACUGAGUAACAUGGACAGUGCAGGGAGCUGUGACAGUGUAAUCAGCACAAACUCUGCCUGGGUGAGUGGCGCUAGCGAGGAUAGUAUGGAGUACCUAUCUGCUGAAGAGAAGGCAUGUCUGAUGUUUCUGGAGGAAACAAUCGAAGCACUGGAAGUGCAGGAAGACAGUGGCUUAUCAAAUGACGAGCCAGACGUGUGGUCAAAGACGGAGCCACAAGAUCAGAUAAGAAAUGUUCCCACUGAAAAGCUCGAAUCAGGAAGUCUCAGGAUAUCCACUCUAACUCCCCACACAACAGCAGAUCCUCCAUCUGCUGGAUUAACCACAGAGUGUGAAACUGAGCAUCACGCUGCAAAUCAAAACUACAACCCACAAUCUGCCUCCACGUCUGCAGUCGGCAUGAAAGAUGUUGAAACAGAGGACCUGGGAGUUGAAACUGAUCCUUCGGUGUCUAACUCUGGUUACACAACCUCAUCAUCAGACAAAACAACUGACGUUUCAAAGUUCGAUGGAGAUCUUGAGCUUGAGAAUGUCACAAAUUCUGGAGAUGCCUCAGAGAAUGACCUGGAUAUAAUCCCUCCACCAACAGACUUCAGAGAUGAACCAGAACCAGACUUGCCACCGGAAGCCAUGACGGUGGUCCUGCCACCGGAGACCAUGACCAUGGUCCUGCCACCGGAGACCAUGACCGUGGAGGCCACGACUGUGGUCCUGCCACCAGAGGCCACAGCCAUAGUGUCCCCACCUUCAAACGACUUCACAGAGCAAAAACGAACUGUUGAUGUGGAGCAGAUGCGCUUGAGAGCCUCUGUGAAGAGAUCUGUUGUAGACUCUUCUACUGCUGAGGAUUCUUCUAGCAAAGCCUCAGACGCUGCUUCCCUUUUACCCCAAAUGAAUCCCCCCACUGAGCCUUCAGAGCCCAGAAAUCCACCUGCUGUGGCCCCAAAACCUAAGAAGCUACCUUCAAACAUUAUUUUAAAGUCACCAAAGUCACCAACACUUGCCUCUCAUGGAAACCCAGGGCAUUCGGUGCCCUCCCACAGUGAUCGGAUGUUGUUGGACCCUCAGAAGGUUCGAAUGGAGGCCCUCCUAAAGCUUGGACUGCUUAAAGACAACAAGGAGGAAUCAAGUCGUGCUGUAAGCCCUAAGCUUCCUCCAAAAUCUGCUGCAUACAAACGGUCACUGGCGAGCCCCUCUCCUCCAGUCAGUCCUGCUCCUCACACACCCCCUGUAACACCAUCUCUUACCCCAGUCAUUAGUCCCCUACAAGCACCUGUACUCCAACAGUCUGCGUUGACUCCUACUGUGUCACCAUCAGCUUCUUCAGCAUCUCCUCCCAUCCAGGAUGCUGAUAUCCUCCCAGCACCUGCAGCUUUCAGCGAUGGAUUUGGGCCUUCAGGUGACGAACUUCCUGCUGUCACAGAGGCCACUUUCAGUACCCUGCCUAACACAUCGCCGCCAAAGAUGAUCAGUAUGAAAUUUGCAACCUUGGAGCGAUCUGGUUUGGGUCUGAGCAGCCAGAUGUCCAAUCUGAGCUUAUUGGAGAUGGCUGGUGGCGAGCAAGACCCAAAGCACCUGCGCAACACUCGGCCAAGACCCGCCUCUCUGGGGACUGGGAAAGACUUUAAUCACCCUAAAGGUGAGGGUUUGGUGGCAAGCGGAACGUCAGAAUCCCAGAAGCCCCAACCUACACAGGCAUUCCACCACAGAGAGUCUUCCAAGCUGCCUCGAUCUCAAGGCAUCAGCGUGAUGAUCUGCCCUCGCCCAGAGAAUGAAGAGGACCGGCGCAAGGCCCUGAAGAAGCUGGGACUGCUCAGAGACUAGCUUCCAAACAUAGCUUUAUAUAUUGUAAAAAGACUGAUGCAGACUAUAUCUGGGUUUAAAAUGCUGAAGGAGUGCCUUAACCACAUUGUUAUGCUUCUGUUUUCCACUGAAUACCAUGUGGUUGACUUCACACUAACUGUAUCUGUGUUUCCUUUGACCAUAUAAUAGCUUAAAUCGAAAAGUCAAAAUUAGUGUAUUUCACAAAACUGCAAUGAAAACACUUUUUGCAUCACAUAAGUCAUGUGAUCAACAACCUGAUGUUGCUACUGGCAGAAAAGAUGAAGACAGGAAGUUGUAGGAGGAUAUUGGCGCUGCAUUUAAAAAAAAAAAGAUUUAUUGCAUGAAAAGAAACUUAUUCACGUGAUUUUAAUUGCUUUUCUUAACUAACGGAAACACCGCAAUUGUGAAAUAGUUUUGACAUUCGGAAUGUCAACAAAGUUUUACACACAUUUAUAAUGUAAACGCAGCUUGUGUUUUACUUUUCUUACAUCAGACUCAUGUUAGCUAUAAUGUCUUUGAUAUUAUUUACCUUUUAGAGUCUGUAACAACAUAUGUUUAUCUGCUAAUUUGUUUGACUUAAUCCCACCUGUUGCUGCUGGCUGUUUCAACCUUUCACCAUUUCAUACUUUUGCAGUUUUGGUCAUUUUGUUCCUAACUUUUUUUGGGUGCUAAUAGGAGUCAUCUCCCACCAGCUUUUUCUCACAGACCAUUUGUGAAUUUGUUCCCAUCCAGGGCACGUUUCUUUACCACUGUGAUUUUCGAUGCUUUAGAAUAACUUUUUCUCUGAUCCACUCGUAGUCGACUGCUUUUAAACAUGAUUUUGAGACCAGGAGGUCUUUCACAGUUGUUUUGGGCUAGUAAGGGGUCAUAAUCUCAUACGUUAUUUGGCCCAAACAGGAAGCAGAAUUGCAGUCAGUUAAGUAGGAAAUUGCAGGUAAUUUUUGGAAAAUAACGUAGAAUUAGAUUAUCAGAGGUUUGCGUAUUUUAUAAAAAGUUGUUAAGAAAUGAAUUGUCUCAUGGGCCUGAAAUGGGGUAAAACUUGGCAAACCGACCCAGAGUCUGUUCUGUUUUUCAAAGACUUUUUCUCUAUUUAUUGUUAACUGUAUCCUGUUGACUUUCUCAACUAUUUUUAUGUUUUCAUUAAAUAUAUAACUGUAUAAAACACUUUC